UUGUAGACGCAGCCAGUGUAACGAAUCCAAGCCCUCGACGCUCCUCGGCAAUGGAGGCGCCGCCAGUGUGGUGCUGGGAGCCUCUACGGCAAGAACAAAACUAGCUGCUGUCCUAUCGCCGGAAACCAUCGCUGCAUGCAGACAAAGUCAAAGUGUGUGUGACGCGCACUUCAACUUUUUUUGCAGUUGCACAAGAGAAGACGACGCAGAUCAAGGUGGAAGAAGCUUUGCUACUGACGCCCGUACGCAAUUUGGAUACAAAUCCAGGAGUUGGCAGGGGCCCUUGGAAGUUUGUGAUUAUGUGGCACUAGCUGAUGAAGCCGGCCAAAUCAACAGUCGCAGCGGCGCUCCUCGCGCUGCUCCUUGCCCUCGGCGCGGCGCAGCAGACGCUGGACGAGUCGGAAUGUCCGCCGGACACCGCCAUCCUGCCUUGCAGGUGCCGUAUGAGGGACCCCUCGUCGGAAAUUCAAAUCUGGUGCAGCCACAGCGACCUGCCCAGGGUGAUGGCCCCGUUGAGGGCCAUCGCUGAAAACAAGCCAGGCGCCAAAAUAGAUGAACUGAUUCUCGAAGGCAACCAGUUCCAGGACCUGCCCGAUGAUUCCUUGCAAGGUCUCAGCGUGGUUCGCCUCAUGCUCAGGGAGAACUCCCUCGAAAGGUUGGCGGCUUCCGCCCUUUUCGGACAGGAAAAAGCCCUGACGGAAUUAUACAUAGUUGAGCCCAAACUUAAUCACUUGGCUGCGGAGAUUUUCAGUCCUCUCAUAAAAUUACAAGCAAUAACAAUGCAAACUCCGUUUUUGAGGAGGCUCCCAAUAAUAAAGCAUUUGCCAGAACUAAAAUAUUUGAGAAUCGAAGACAAAGAAGUGGGCGCGUGGAGAAAUUUGGUGCUGAUCGACCUUCCUGAACUGCAAGACUUGCACCUCACCUGCGGCGAAAGAGGACUAGGUCUGGAUAAAUUGGAAACGGGGAUGAUUCAGGGCACCCCUAGACUGCAGACGGUAGAAAUCACUAAGUGCGGCCUGGCGUGGGUUCAUCCGCACGCUUUCACCUCCACUUCCCAGAAAAUUGAGUCCAUCGAUCUAUCUGACAAUUAUUUGGACGACGUGGGACAGAUUGCAUUGGCCGUGAGAGAAUUGCCAAUGCUCUCGGAAUUAAAGUUGGAUAGAAACAACUUCAGAGGACUACCGGAAGGGUCCCUGGUAUCUCUGAUGGGACUUCGAUACUUGUCUUUGUCCGGUAAUCAAAUCAGAGAGGUCGGACCGGGAGCAUUCCACAUACUGCCCAACCUGGAAGUGCUUGACCUGAGCAACAAUAAUCUGAUGAGGCUGCACCCUCAGGCAUUCACCCCAAGAGCAGCACCGAGAAUGCAGGAACUCAACCUCGCACGCAACAGUCUUGGACACUUGGGAGAGGUUCGACCUUGGAUGGCUACUUUGACAUCACUAGUGCGUUUAGACGUGAGUGAAAAUGGAAUCAACGAACUGGCUUGGGCAGCUUUGGGGCCUCAUCCGAAUCUAGAAAGGCUAAACUUGGACGGAAACCGAAUUCAAAUGGUGCGAAGAGACGCUCUUAGCGCUCUGCCGGCCUUGAUUGACUUAAAAAUGAGAAACAACUCGAUAGAUGAAUAUUUAUUGCUGGAAAGAGGUUCACCAUGGAAUUUACCUAGCUUAAAGGGACUUGAUUUGGGCCAAAAUGGUGUGCGGUUUUUGGACGCUCGUCUUUUGGCAGGACUUCCAUCCCUUCGUCGUUUAGACUUAAGCCAAAAUUUGUUAAAUGAACUGCAAGGGUCGCCUUUCUCUCCGUCACCUAUGAUCGAGCACCUCAACCUUUCCUACAAUGGUCUGCAAGCUUUACCGCAAGCGUCUCUGAGUCCUUUGAGAGCAAUUUACGAAAUGGACAUCAGCCACAACAAGCUUUUGUCCCUGCCAGUAACGCCUGGACGAGCUCUUGAUCAAAUGGGCGUUUUGAACAUCGAAGGCAACCAACUGGGAACAAUUCCUGAGGGUUGGACUUCUGGACAGUCUACGCACACCCUUCAAUUGAGCGGUAACUCUCUUAGGUCGGUUCCCCGUCUCAACUUGCCAGGCCUAACAAGGCUCGACAUCAGCCGCAAUUUGAUUUCUAGAAUGGACUUGGAAACUUUGUCCUCAGCCAGGGAACUUGUGUAUCUCAACGCCUCGCACAACGAGUUGGACUCUUUCCCGUCUGGACUUCGAGGAUUGGCGUCCCUACGCGAGUUGGACUUGAACGACAACCGCCUGUCCUCACUGCCAGCGCCGGAGGUGCUUGGGUCUCUUCAGUCCCUUCGCAUUUUGCGGCUGGCGAGGAACCAACUGACGCAACUUCCAUCCGACUCGCUGCACGGGCUUCCAAGACUAACUUCUUUGGCCUUGUCUGAAAAUCGGAUCAAUGAAAUCGAUCGGAGCGCCCUGGCCGACUUGCCUUCGUUGGCGGAACUCGAUUUGUCGAAAAAUGCAAUUUCAGCCCUGCCGAGAGGAGCCUUUUCGCAAAUGCCAUCGCUCAGGGCCGUUUCUUUACAGGGAAACGCAUUAGAGGAAUUCCACGCUACCGCAUUUGAGGGUGCCCCCCGUCUUUUGCUGCUUGAUCUCAGCCACAAUCACAUUCAGCACGCAGACUGGGGUCGCAACACUGGGGCCAGGUCGUUGAAACCGACCUCAAAGGAAAUCGACCUGCUCCCUGCCGCAAUGCCUGGACUCGAGGUGUUGGACCUGAGCCACAAUCGAUUGCGCACUUUGGAAGACGCAGGGGUCACCAACCUCCCCUGGCUGGUCGAAUUAAAAGUCAACAACAAUGAGAUUUGCGGAAUUGGGGAGAGAUCUCUGGAAGGCUUAUCAAGGCUGCGUGUUCUCAGUUUGAGAAACAACAAGGUCAAAAUGAUGCAAGAAAGAGCCUUCCGAGCCCUACGAUCCAAUAUGGUGCACUUGGAUGUGGCGGGCAAUCCUUUAUCGUGCACAUGCGGUUUGAUGUGGUUCCAAGAGUGGAUCGACGUUGAGCCGCGUCUGCAGCCCCACAUCCACGCUUCGGAGUCGCCUAGGUGUGCCGACGGGUCUCUCCUCCGUGAGGUUGCCCUUUCGAGGUCUCUCUGCCAGGAAAAGCAGCAACGUGACGGAGAAGACCUACUCGCGAAAUGCCUCGAAAAGAAUCCAAAUUCUGUGAGUGCUUAUGAGAGUCACGAGAAACCAAGCAACUCACCGUUGACCUCCCCUGGACAGCCUGGACGUCCAUAUUAUGAUAACCAACCAGGUCAGGGGGUGCCAGACGAUUUUUAUGACGACUUUGUGGACUACCCUCAUGGCGGUGGCUCAGAAAACCUGCAGCAAACGACAACGCAAGGGCCUCCAGCUCCGCAGCCAAUUGACUCUACACCGACCGUUUCUCCGCAGUCGUCGUCUCACUACACCCCUGGCGACACUCCAACAUUCUACGCGGGGUCUAUCAACCUUACUAGCCUCAACCCUCAACCACCACCUCUACCAAAUAACGGACCAUUCACUGUGUUUGGCUACCCAUUGCCAAGCAUCUCUUCUUUGUGGAACAACGGAAACCCUCCAGCAAAUGGAAUUGGCAGAACUUCAGCAAAGCGACUUGAAACCAGCGGCCAAAAUAACCAGGCAGGUCCGAAACUCUUCGAGGAGGGUUUCGUCCCUUCCGUUGGUCCCCAGAGGCCACCGUGGGUGUUUUCAGAGUCAAACGAGACGUUCAAGUUCCAGCAGAAAGAAUUCCACAAACAGGACCACAAACUAAAAUUCCCAGCGCCGACCGUCAACAGCAAGGGUCCCUUUGACUACAGAGGCUCUCUGCCGAUAAGGGACGACCCUCCGCAAGCACCCCUAUCCACUUCCAGCCCAGUGCCGCAACCUCUGAACCCCACGGUCGUGCAAAAGGGCGUCCUUCCUCUAGUCUUUGCUGAGGCAGACCAAAUACCAAAGACCCAAGAGAUGAGAACGACCCUGAGACCUACUGAUGCGACGACCACCCCUGACUUCAGCAAACUUUUCCCGCAAGAAGACGAUUACCAGUCAGGUCCUUCGUACCCUUCGGGCGAAGAGUACCCCACAGGCGGAGCAAACAACUUCACCCUCUCCUCAAAAGGCAGUCAGGACAACUCAAGUCUAGCAAACCAAGUGCAAAACUCAAACAACGCCCCCAGUUACAAAGAGAAAAUGCCAGAGGUGCCAAAAAGCAAAAAUUUCUCUUACAUUGAACAGAAGGUGACAAACACGACUUCAAGUAAAACGUACACCAUCACCUCUAACGAAAUUCGAAACAAAAUCCCAGUGAUCCCGCCCUCAGCCAACCCCUUGGAGAACACAAUUGUCCACCAAUUCCCAACCUCAGCUGUCGGGUCAGUGGUGCCUACUGUUCCACCCACUGCCGGAGGACACCAAAGCAGCAGGGCAACAAUCACCAAAGUGGAAAAUUCGAAAAACCAGCAAAAUAAGUAUGUGACCGUCCCGACUCUUCCACCAACUUCAGAGCCUACGAUGACCACAGUGCACUCCUGGUACUACAGGGACUACAACAAGACGAAUCUUGAGCCUUUCAGGGGAGAGUAUUUGCAAGAUUUGCCAUUGCCAUCUGGCACUACUGCAGUCCGAGGUAUGGCCUUUGUAAUGGCCACGUUAUCUGCGGGACUAUUAAUAUUUAUGUACUGAUCGAUGCACCAAAUGAUUCACACGAAUCUCUUAUUAUGAAUUUAAAAUAAAAUAGUUAAUUAUU